GUUAAGAAGAUAAACAAUUUGACAGUUCUCUGCAUACGCUGCCCACAGUUUCGUCAAAAAAUUCUAAAUUCCAGGUAUUUGCCCUCUUUACAAAAUAUAAUGGGUGAUUUACAAAAACGGAGCAUAUUCACUACAAAAACCGCUUUUCUGGCCACAGCAGCUGGUAUUGGUUUGCUUUGCUUUGUGGUUCGUCAAAGAAGUCGUAUAAUAUCCUGCAUACGCAACUACAGAAACCCAUUGGGAGAAAAACAAAUAACCGUUAUUGAAACACUUGAUGAAUGUCAACAUGUUUUAGAAACAUUAAAGCGCCACUGUCAUGAAUAUAAAGUUCUUGGCUUUGAUUGCGAGUGGGUCACGGUAGGAGGUAAGCGACGUCCUGUAGCACUGCUCCAGUUAUCUUCACAGAAAGGACUAUGCGCGCUGUUCCGCCUUUGUAACUUACAACAAAUACCAAAAGGACUCCGUGAUAUUCUCGAAGAUGAUAAAGUUAUAAAGGUGGGUGUAGCUCCACAAGAUGAUGCGCACAAACUUUCAUUUGACUAUGGUGUGGGUGUGGCGAGCACAUUAGACUUACGAUAUUUGGCUGCCUUGGUUGAUCACAAACCAGAAGGGUUAGCUAAAAUGGCAAAGAGUCUGUUAAAUGUGCACCUGGAUAAAAAUUGGAGGCUCUCAUGUUCAGAUUGGGAAGCCAAAGUACUAAACGAAAAGCAGUUGCAGUACGCAGCUAACGAUGCAUUGGUAGCAGUGAAAAUAUUUGACCAGCUCGUGAAGAAGUUGGAGCCAAAGCCAUUUUGGGAUCUAAAAAAGUUGAAAAUGAAUAUUCAAGAGCGCUUAGAACCUUUUUAUGAUCUUCGCUUCAGGGAAGGAUUUUUAAACAACUUUGCGAACAGCGACAAGAGUAAAGCUAUCUCAACCACAGGGAGAAAGUCAAGAAUAAAACCUCUGCAAACUCGUAGCAUCAGCACACGCACUAGAGCAUUGUAUGAUAACUGCAACUUACAAGCACCUGAUGGUGAACUGCUCUGUACUAUCGAUGCGAAGAAGGCUCAAUGGUAUGUAGAUCAGAGUUUGGGCGAAAUCAUAUCGCAAACACCAUUAACCGUGCGCUUGAAUUUCGAGCCUUCGGGACGAGCCGUUGGUGAAGUGGGGCGAUACUACCAGAAUCCAAAGGAAAACCGUUGUGUAGUAUGCGGUCGAAGGGAUCCCUUAUCACGCAAAAAUGUUGUACCUCGCGAAUAUAGAAAACAUUUCCCAGUGGUUAUGAAAUCGCAUACAUCUCACGACGUGCUCCUACUGUGCCCUGAAUGUCAUCAGCUAAGUAAUAUUUUCGACCUGAAAAUGCGCACAAAACUGGCAGAACAAUGCAACGCACCGUUCUCUAGAGGAGACUCGGCUGUGAAAUACAUCGAGCUACCAGAGCUAAAGCAAGUUAAAUCGGCUGCGCGAGCGUUGUUGCAAAGUCAAAAUGAAAUACCUGAAGAGCGGCGCGGGGAACUAAUGCGAAUUUUAUUGAAUCAUUACAAGGAAGAUCUAACGAAUGAAAUAAUUAGAGAGGCGGCAAAAAUUGAUACAACCCGAAACAAUGAAAACUAUUGUCAUCACGGAGAACAGGUCGUGCAUAUGUAUCAAAAUGAAUUCGGUGGGCUCUGUGAACUCGAAAAGCUGUGGCGCCAACAUUUCCUAAGCUCUAUGAAACCUAAAUAUCUUCCAGAGCUUUGGAAUGUCAACCACAAUGCAAAUAGGUUGGAGAUCCGAGCACAAGAGGGGCGUGUUGAUAAGGAAGAUUUGAUUGUUGCUGGCCUCGAUCCAGUUGAAGUUACGGACAGUGUAGUGAACAGUUGAAAAAUACGUUUCAAUAAGAUUGAUUAUUUUUGAAAGCUUAUUUUUUUAUUUAAAAAUUUGUAUCUAAAAUUCGCUGUGCCUAGAGUUAUUGCAUAUACCCUUUCUAUUUGCUAUUUCCGAAAUUGCUCACUGUAUGUAUUAUUGAAGCAAUUCAGAUCUUACUUAACGCUUUACUUAGUUGUAAUAUUUACAAGAUAAUGCAUUAGAUGGUAAAGAUAAA